AUGGAGUUUUACAUGAAGAUCUACAUUUCUCUGAUUUUAUUAUUUCUCCCUACGUCAUUGUGUGGUAACGGCAAACUAUUGAGGGACUACAUAGGCGCCGAAGGCCUUGGCGUCAAAUUCUCUGAUGUGCCCAUCAAUGAGAAUGUUGAGGUCCAUUUUAUUCUGUCAUUUGCCAUCGACUACACGACCUCUGCGGGGGCUCCAUUUCCUACAAACUGCAAAUUUAACGUCUUCUGGGACACCGAAAAUUUGAGCCCUGCGGACGUGUUGGAGUUCAAGUCGAAGCAUAAGAAUGUCAAAUUUGCAGUCAGCUUAGGCGGUGAUGUGGCGGGAGAUAACACCUUUGUACAGUUCAAUCCAUCUUCUGUGUCUUCAUGGACUAGCAACUCCGUUUCUUCUCUCACUAAGAUAAUCAAGCAAUACCAUCUUGAUGGAAUCGACAUCGACUACGAGCAUUUUGAUCAUUCCAAUCCCAAUACAUUUGCGCUGUGCGUUGGGGAAUUAAUCUUGCAGCUCAAGCAGAGAAAGGUCAUCUCCAUGGCGUCCAUUGCUCCGAGUACCUCUGUCAACCAAUUUCUCGAGUAUUGCGAUACUCAAACCUCUAAUUACAAGGGCGGGAAAUUAUUGAGCAUCUUCAGUACAGAUAGAGUUUCAGGUGGCCUUAAACCAGAUAAGGGAUUCUUUGACGCGUGCAAAGAGUUAAAGAAAAGAGGGAAGCUUGAGGGUAUAUUCAUCUGGUCUGCUGACGACUCCAAAAAGUAUGAUUUCAAAUAUGAUGUGGAAGCUCAAGCAAUCUUGGCCUCCGCCUGA